AGAAAGACGCUAGAGACACGCACUUGACGUAAAGAUGGCGGCAGCUACAGCUGUUAAGAAAUUAUAUGGCAUUGGACUUAAUGCAGUUCGUCAUAAUACAGCAUUAAAAGCAACAACGCUUCUCCAAAAAAGGGCAUUCCGCGUCAAUGGAGCUUUUCGCCAGCAGUCGAUUGAUAAUUCAGACGAGAAGCCGCAGUUUCCUGGUGCCUCGGCGGAGUUUAUUGAUCACCUGGAGUUUAUUCAGCCCAAUGUGAUCUCAGGAAUCCCUGUCUACCGAGUGAUGGACAGACAGGGCCAAAUCAUCAAUCCAUCAGAGGAUCCUCAGCUCUCGAAAGAGACUGUUUUGAAUUUCUAUCAGAAGAUGACACUACUAAACACAAUGGACCGUAUUCUUUAUGAGUCUCAGAGGCAGGGCCGAAUCUCAUUCUACAUGACCAAUUAUGGUGAGGAGGGCACACAUAUUGGAAGCGCUGCGGCUCUUGACCCUUCUGAUCUGGUCUUCGGCCAAUACCGAGAAGCUGGUGUGUUGAUGUACAGAGGUUUCCCUCUGGAUCUGUUUAUGGCACAGUGCUAUGCCAACGCUGAUGACCUUGGCAAGGGCAGACAAAUGCCAGUUCAUUACGGCUGCAAAGACCUCAACUUUGUCACCAUUUCUUCACCACUUGCCACUCAGAUCCCCCAGGCGGCCGGAGCGGCAUACGCAGUGAAGCGGGAGAACGCAAACCGAGUGGUGAUCUGUUACUUUGGAGAAGGAGCUGCUAGUGAAGGAGACGCUCAUGCUGGAUUUAACUUCUCCGCCACCCUCGAGUGUCCUCUCAUAUUCUUCUGCCGCAACAACGGUUACGCCAUCUCUACACCCACCAAUGAGCAGUACAGAGGAGAUGGAAUUGCUGCACGAGGUCCAGGAUAUGGCCUGAUGUCAAUCCGUGUAGAUGGCAAUGAUGUUUUUGCAGUGUAUAAUGCCACGAAAGAGGCCCGUCGCAGAGCUGUGGCUGAAAACCAGCCCUUCCUCAUUGAAGCAAUGACCUACAGGAUUGGUCAUCACAGCACCAGUGACGACAGCUCUGCCUACCGUUCAGUGGACGAGGUGAACUACUGGGACAAGCAGGACCACCCCAUCUCUCGCCUGCGCCACUACAUGACAGCCCGCGACUGGUGGGGGGAGGAUGAGGAGCGCGCCUGGAGGAAGCAGUCACGAAAACUCGUCAUGGAGGCCUUCGAAAGAGCCGAGAGACGCCUGAAACCCAACCCCGACCUGAUGUUCAGCGAUGUCUACGAUGAGAUGGUGCCUCACAUCGCCAAGCAGAAAGAUUCCAUGUGGAGACACGUCAAGCAAUAUAAAGAGCAUUACCCACUUGACCACUAUGAGAAAUGAGCCAUGGACACAACUGGGAAAGGUCUUGCACAUGUCAGAUUGUCUGAAUUCUUCCUUUUGUUUCCAUUUUACACUUUUGUUUGUUGCAUUAGAAAGCACAAAAAUAAUGAUAUUGUUGUUCUCCAUAUUUGCCACUAGAGGCCUCUGUACUGUCAUUUUGUGCCUUGGAAAAUGGUGGAAGUGGAGAAGUGCUGGAAAAAUGGUGAUGAUCUUCUACACAGGCCUGAUGUAGCAAAUAAUCCUGUCGUCAAUACAGUAUCCGUUUAUCAACCUAGUGUUAUUAAUACAUUGAGCGUUGUUUAUUCAUUUAAAGAGAUAGUUCACCAAAAAAUGAACAUUUCCUGACUGUUUAUCCACACUCAAGUAGUUCUGUUGUACACACAACAGGAUAUUCAGAAUAAUCUUGGAAAAAAAGCAGACAUUGACAUCCAUAGUAGGAACAAAAAAAUACCAUGGAAGUCAAUGGCCUUUUUUCCAGCAAUCCUUAGUGUAUUAUCUUUAAGUUCACUAGAAGAAGGAAAAAAGCAGGUUUGGAGCAAGUGGAUGAUGAAUAAAUGACGACAGAAUAAUCAUGUAUGGGUGAACAAUCACUUUAGUGAGUAUUAAGUGUUUGAAUCCAUUCAAAUCUCGGAAUGACCAGCAUAAAUUUUCAUUUAUCCUCAAACAACACUCAUUUUCAGUGAAGGUGAUGCGACUGACUCGUUUGGAAUGUUUAUUUCUGUAUUCUGUAUUGUUACCCUCAGACUUUCCACUCCAGACUAAGCUGUUAAGAAGUAUAUAUAUAUGCAAUGUUACUGUAGUAAUAAAUGGUUAGUCUCAUGUUAUUUUUGUCCCCUCUCACAGAUGAUGUUAAUAAUAACUUUAUUUAGCUGUGAUUAAUAAUGAUUUGGACAAUUUUUCUGUGUGAAAAUCACUCAACUGUUAUGUGACAUUAUGAUUGUUGUGUUUGAGAUUUAUUCCGGUUAGCUUUAGCGGGUUGUAAAUUGUAUUUUAAACAAUAAACAUGCUAGUGAAAUGUAA